AUGAAGGUCCUCGAUCCUCAAGCCGCCCUUCUAACGACGUCCGAAGUCUACAAUUUCCUCCUUGAGAAUCCACCCCGCCCACCUCCCAAGAAAAUCGGCUCCUAUGCGCCCGUCAAUCUGAAGGGCUAUCAGCGUGUGCGAGAGGACUGCUUGGAUUAUAUCACCAACACAAUCCCUCACAUCGCCGGUUACCCAUCACCAGAGACAUUCAUACACACAGUGGUGCCUAAGUUGCGCACAUUCGGGUUGACGAAGACGGAGGCAUUCAUGAUGAUCAACCUGGGAGUUGGUUUGCGAACGGGUUACGAACAGCAGCCAUCAACGAACGGGGAUCGAGAUGGCAACAACGGUGCUAUAAGCGGUACAGCAGAGUCGGCUUCUGGGAACGAAAACGCCGGUACUUCUGGUGACGAAGAACAACAUGAUCCCGCAGGAGGGGGGAACGAAGCGGCAUAUCAACCGUCUGACGUGGAGCUCCUCUCUUGCGUGAUCGAAGAGUUCGAGGACCGGUUUCCUGGUGAAGAGGGACAAGGACAGAUCCAGAAGAUAGUGCAACUGAUCAGAGACGAGUACGAGCGCGCACAUUCGAAACAUGCUGCAACAAACGGUGAUGCACUUGGGAAGGAAGACGUUAUGGACGUAUCAUGA